AUGAGCAACGAACGUCCUGAUGGCGUGACGACCACCCUUCGCUUGCCUCAAGGGCAAGUCACUGCAACAAGCCCCGCAAGGUCGUCGGGGACCCCACUUAGCUGGUCAUCAACUGAGCCAUCCAGCGUCUCGCGCAGUCCUGACGGCUGGCCGCAACCCUCGCUUGUCCAGCUGCUCCAAGGAAUCGGAGUGGUCGAGCUGCUGGAGCAGGACGACCGCCCGACCUUCAUCAUCGACCUCAAUGACCCCGCCAAUUUCUCGCCCAGGACCCUCCACCUAGUAUACGCAAACGUCGCGUUGAGGACCACGCCCGCACUUCUAGGGUCGUUGCAGCCUAGCUCCGCCGAUACGGAAUCGGCGCAGAGCCGCGAAUUCUUCGAAUUCAAGGAUUGGGCGGUGAGCUUGAUGCGGCAAACCACGGGCUCGGAUGCUGGUUCUCAGUCGGCCGCAUACGCGGGGCUCUUAUGGACUUGCUCAACGCUAAGGAAGCGCUUCCGCAUCAUCCGGGGCUAUCAUGUUGCGCAAGUUGCGGCCGACACACCGACGUUGACCAACCAAGCCCAGAUAGUGCAGAACUUGCCGGCGGUUGAUUUAGGCUUGAACCCAUGGACAGGCAGGAAAUCAGAGGCAACGAGAGAGCGCGUCGACUACUUCGAAUCGACCCUGCAGGCCCAGGCCCAGGCCCACGUUCGCUCUCACUCUGAACCUCGAAGCAGGACCGGUUCGAUUGCCGACACCGUCGUUAGGCCCUUCGAUGAUUUGGCUAUCUUUUCGCCUCCGCUGCGGACAACGUUUGACUGGACGCGGAUUCCCAUCGACGACCCCAAUCUUCCCGAUCACCAUAAAUUUGCACGAUCGAUAGAUUGGGCAGCAACCUCGCUCGGUCCCGUGGAGCUCUGGCCGAUGGAAUUGCGCAUUCUUUCGACGCUAAUCAUGGGCAGCCCACAUCCCGCGGCGCUCUACUGGGGUCGGGACCAUGUGGCCAUCUACAAUGAGGCCUACAUCACCGUUGCCGGGCAGAAACACCCUCGGCUGAUGGGAUCGCGAUACCAGGACAUCUGGCCCGAAAUUUGGGACGAGAUCCAGCCCGUGUUUGAAGCCGCCUGGAACAGCGGAUAUGCGACAAUGAAGAACGACGACACCCUUUUCCUCUGGCGUCACGGCUACGUAGAGGAGACAUCUUUCAAUUGGGGCAUCAUCCCGCUGGUGGGAGGUGAUGGGACAGUCGUGGCUCUCUAUAAUCCUGCAUUCGAAAACACGCGGCGGAGAAUUGCCGAGCGCCGGAUGCUAACGCUUCGCGAAAUUGGCAUCAAGACAGCACAGGCCCGCGAUGUGAAAAGCUUCUGGAAGCAGCUUCGAAAGGGCCUUGAGUACAAUGAGUUGGAUGCUCCUUUUGCCCUCAUCUACUCGGCCGGCGAGGACAACGAGAGCGAAGUCUCGUCCUUGAGCUCAGGAAGCCUUUCUCAUCCCCCGCAGAUAUUGCUGCAAGACUCGAUUGGCGUUCCCGAGGGCCAUCCGUGCGCCGUCCGCUCGAUCGACCUGCGGUCCAGCGACGAAGGCUUUGCCCGGUACAUGAGGGAGUCGUUGGCGCAGUCAGCCACUCCCAUCAUCCUCAGCGAGGAAGACGGCAGCCUACCGACGGAGCUGCUCAAGGGCGUCUCGUGGACAGGAUAUGGCGAUCCGUGCCGCACCCUCGUCGUGUUCCCAGUGCAUCCCACGACGGCCUGUGACUCCGUCGUGGGAUUCAUCGUUUUGGGCACUAAUCCGCGGCGCCCGUACGACGCCGACUACCAAUUAUUCGUUAACCUCCUAUCGCGCCAGCUCGCCACCUCGCUGGCCUCCGUCGUUCUGUUCGAGGAGGAAAUCAGGCGCGGACAAAGGGCGGCCAAGCUGGCCGCCCUCGACCGGCAGCAGCUCUCGUUGCAACUUCGUCUCCGCACCCAAGAGGCAGUCGAGAGCGAAUACCGCUUCACAAGAAUGGCCGAGUUUGGACCCGUCGGCUUGUUCAUUGCCGACGGCAAUGGACACAUCAACUACUGCAACGAGAUGUGGUACAGGAUUUCGGGUCUGCAGAGGAGCGCAAGCACGUUCGCUGCCUGGAUGCAGAGCAUUCGGGAUGAGGAUCGACCUGGCACAGAACUUGCUUGGCGCCGACUCGUCGAAGAGAAGACCCGCGUGACGCACGAAUUUCGGUUCAAGGGCUCCAGAGAGCUCAUUGACGGCCACUGCGUCGACGUGUGGGCGCUCAUGAGUGCGUACCCCGAGACGGACGAGUCCGGAAAUUUAAAGAGCAUAUUUGGCUGCAUCACAGACAUCUCGCAGCAGAAGUGGGCCGAGGACUUCCAGAAGCAACGCCGGGAGGAAGCGGUCGAGCUAAAGCGCCAGCAAGAGAACUUCAUCGACAUAACCAGUCAUGAAAUGCGGAACCCCUUGAGCGCUAUCCUGCAAUGUGCAGACGAGAUUUCGUCUGGGCUGAGCCGGUACAGACAAGGAGACCCCUCGGCCAACGCCUCCGGUGCUCUAGACGCCUUGAUUGACAGCUGCAUCGAGGCUGCCAACAUCAUCUCGCUGUGCGCCAAUCACCAGAAGCGGAUCGUGGACGACAUUUUGACACUCUCCAAGCUCGAUUCGAAUCUGCUACUCGUCACGCCUGUUGAUGUCGAGCCCAUCAGCGUGGUUCGGGAUGUUCUCAAGAUGUUCGAGACUGAACUGAGCUCACACGGCAUCGAUGGCCAGCUGACCAUCGAACAAUCGUACCGGGACUUGAAAGUUGAUUGGGUGAAGCUGGAUCCCUCGCGACUUCGCCAGGUCCUCAUCAACCUGAUGACCAACGCCAUCAAGUUCACACAGGGCCGGCCGAAACGUUCCAUUGUGGUCAGCAUCGGGGCAUCCAAAGACGGCGGGGAGGAAGAGCAGGGUUUGUCGUACAUUCCCCCGCGGCAACCGGGCCAGGACGACUUCACCGAUGAGGCUGACUGGGCGGAUGGCGAAAAGAUCAACCUCCACUUUGCUGUCACUGACACAGGCACUGGAUUGGAUGACGACGAAAAGCGAAUCCUUUUCCAACGCUUCAGUCAAGCAAGCCCAAGGACCCAUGUCAGAUACGGUGGUUCCGGUUUAGGUCUCUUCAUAUGCAAGACGUUGACUGAGCUGCAAGGUGGACAGAUCGCGGUACAAUCUGAAAAAGGACAGGGUAGCACCUUUGCGUUCUACAUCAAGGGCCGCAAAUCCAACCAUCCCCGAGUGAGUUCACCGGAACCUAUGCACACGUCCGAGGUUACACGACCUGCGCUGUCUUCUUCUAUCAGCGCACCUCCGGUGCUACCCUCUGCAUCCCGACCCGCCACGCCCACCAAGGUACCCGACCAGCCACCGCCGCCGCCGUCACCUUUGAAGGAGCCCGAACCCCCUAAACUCGACAUCUUGAUUGUCGAGGAUAACCUGGUGAACCAGAAGGUCCUGAAGCGGCAGCUGCAUCUUUCCGGCAGCAACACGCACGUUGCCAACCAUGGCGGCGAAGCCUUGGCCGCGCUGAGGCACUCCCGGUUUUGGAACGAGAGCGCUACUGCCGUCGACGGCAACAACCCAGUCUGGUUGUCACCGCCGGGUCCUCCUGGGUCAGACGACAGGGUAGAGACCAAGAAGAAUAUCUCGGUCAUCUUGAUGGACCUUGAAAUGCCCGUCAUGGACGGCAUCAGCUGCACGCGUGAGAUCAGGAGGCUGGAGAAGGAGGGGGUAAUUACGCAGCAUAUUCCCAUUGUCGCCGUCACGGCGUAUGCGCGGCCGGAGCAGGUGGAGCAUGCAAAGGCUGCGGGCGUUGAUGGCGUGAUUUCGAAACCAUUCCGCAUCUCGGAACUGAUACCCAAGAUCGAGGAGCUGGUUGAAAAGUACAACAUGGUUCCGAAGCCGCGUUGA